GAUGGUCCAUCUACUUCGCAGAGUAUAAGCAUGCAGUGUGGAUAGAUGACGCUGAGCCUUCAUUCUCCCUUAUAACAUGCAUAAUUUCUUCUGCUGUUAACCUAAUUUAUCUUUUUGUACUCUUUCUUUGCAACAACAAUGCAAUUAAUCCAGAAAACGACGAUGAAUUGUGGCAAGGACAGGAUAGUGCACCUGGUACAAAUGAGUUUUGGGAGAAAAUGCUGAAUUAUCAUAAUUUCCCUUUAUAUUGGACUCAGUUUAAAGGAGAAUGCAAUCUCAAAAUUCAUCCUAAUGAUGAACUGUGUAAACCUGUAAAGGCAAGUCAAAGCGAAUUCAAUGAUGUAAAGGACUUAUUCGAAAGCACCUACAUUGCAUCAUUGGUUGGAAAAGGUUUAGAUGCAACCAACAUAAAUACAACAUCUGUUUCCGUGACCAAUGUAGAAAGAAUUGAGAAGGUAGAACUGUGGCAUGACUAUAUCCACGCAAGAGAUAAAAUCAUUAGAAAGAUAUUAAAAAGGGGCCCUUUUAAAAAGCUUGAGAGCAUAAGUAAUUGCAUAAGAGGGCCAGUGAAUACUUCUACCAAGAAGCAUAAAACUCUAAAUCGAGAGAUUUAUCCAGAAAUGAAUGAGUACUACCUAUUUCAUGGUACAAAAAGUGAUAUUGUAGGUAAUCUCAUAGAUAAAGGAUUAGACCCGCGUCAUUCUGGUGAUAAGACGAUGAUGGGAAGGGGUAUUUAUUGCGCAGAAGUUUCAAUCAAGUCCGACCAAUACGCAGAUGACAAGAAUAAUAGACGAACAAUUGGAUUAACAAUUCUUCUUGUACGCAUGGUUUUGGGUAAUAUUUACGUGGCCACCAAACCUAAGCAGUUUAAGAUGCCACCGUGCACAACAUGUUUAACCGAUAGAUGCACGAAUGAAAGCCACGAACAUUUUGAUUCUGUCGUAGCAGAUAUACCAAACAAACUCUUUAGGGAGUUUAUUGUUUAUGACGGUACUCAAUGCUAUCCAGAGUAUUUAAUCACUUACAACCGUUACUAAUUACGUCUUGUACAUGGGACCUUGUGAAGCAGUGCCCUAUGGUUAUUUUUAUGAUUUGCUUGACUUAAUCGAAUUUGUUUAAUACAUCUUUAUUGUGUAUAUUGUCAAUAUCUUUUUGUUGAAUUGCUUAUUUAAGCAUCGAAUGCUUAAUUUGGAUGCCG